CUGUUGGAUCCAGUGAGUGAAUAAACUUGGUUUGAGCUAGUUGUCCGUUUAGUUUUUCAAACUGUUUUUCAGAGCCCAACAAGGUUUCAUAUGACGUCACUGUAUUUGAGUCCACUAACACAUCUCACCUGGUUCCUGCUGAGCUGGAAGCUGUCUGUUAUCAGACUAGAGAUCCUGGAUGCCAUGAACCAGGACUAUGGGGUUCCUCUGAGCCAGCUCCAGGUGGAGAGAGGCAUGGUAUUGGAUUUUCAAGUCAUAUGUGUUCCUGCACUGGGUUCAGCCAUGGUAGCUGGAGUAGCAGAGGGGGCCAGUGUCUGGAGCCUGGCCCCUGGUGACCUCACAACCAUCUGUACUGAGAAAUAUCAAACCCAGAUCAACCCUGAGGAGAGAGAGUUCCUAAACACACGCUGAUAGAAGGCCGUCCAGAGGGCCUUGAACUGGGAGACCACGGAGCCUAUCAGCAAUGGGAACGGGGUCGGUGUCCAUAGCUGGGGCGGUGGUGCGCUGGCUGGAAGAUAACCUGGGAAUCAUCCAGUCCUCCUCAGAGAUCGGUGAGCUCUGCUCU